AUGGCUUCCCUUACUGACAAGCCCCUUGAACCUGCCUCGAUCAGCCCCGACGAGUUCCGUUUCCUCUCAAAACAACCCGACUACAACAAGGUUCUUAUCGACGCCGAGGAACUCAGACGCCGAAUUUGGCUCAGCAGCCCUCAGAGCUGGGCCACCAGAAGAAGCCAGCGCACAAGAAGAAGCCAGCAAACCUCAGGCCUAGGCGAUCUCGACAAACUCCCCCUCGAACUUCAAAUGUGUAUCUUUGCCGCAACGCCCGUCAGCAGCCUAAUCAACCUCCGAGCAACCAAUUCUCAUGCCAAGCAGCUCAUUGAGCAAUGGGAGCCUUUCAGGGUCGUCAUGAUGCACGGCCCCGAUGCAAUCCGUGCGCUUCUGGCGACUGGCGCCGGUUGCGUAUGGACAGUGCCCCAAGUGGUCGACGUCCUCUUCACGUCCAAAUGCGAGUUCUGUGGCGAGCAUGGUGAGAUACUACACCUGCUGCAGCUCAAGCGGUGUUGCUUUCGGUGCCUUUCCCAAGAGCGUGAACUAUUAGCCGUCAAUCUUGGCUACGCUCAGAACACCAUGGGGCUUUCACAGGCCCAGCUGCGGAAGCUUCCACAGCUGGUGACUGUGCCGCAGAACUGCUUCUGGGGGUUUCCAGGCCAGAAAGGUCACCUUUUUGACUACAAGGCUGCCAUGGACGUCCUCCGACAGCAAGGACCAUUGGCAUCAACCGCUGCGGAUCAGGCGGAUUCGACGCCUUGCCAAAUCCCUCUGAUGCCCACUGGGCUCGAGUUAACUGCAGAACAACGCAGUAUCCAACCACGGCCCAGGUCGCCGAUCCAAGCCCGCCGUCACCAAACGCCUCUACGUCUACUGAAAGAGGAAAUCUCUCCGCCGGAAACGACCUACGCACAACACGCCUGUGCGAUCCGAUGUCCCCCCCUAAGACGCCAGACUACGCGCAAGCGCCUUCGAGAUGGCUCGCUCCAGACGACCAUGUCAAAGAUUGAGGCGGUCCACUGUGCUGGAUGUGCCUACUUCUGGAACUACCAUUCGCCGUUGCCGUGGCAGUUCCACCGGCUCUAUCCACAUCAGCCGGGAGAGGCGGACACAGAGUUCAACAGACAUCUGAAACACUGCGUUUAUGCCCGAAUGCAGUGGAGGUGGUUAUACGGUCCGUGGCGUCGCUGGCCAAGGGAGCGUGUCGAGUAUGUCCUGAGGAACUUCAGGCUGUCGUAUCGCUCAAGACAUGGCGCUUUUAACGUCGCCGAGGAGAACGCCUUGUUUGAGAAGAUGACAGGCGAUGCUGCAAUGCUGAUGCACACCAGCGACAGCGAUUUCACCACCUUUUCCCCUCAGUAUACCUGGCCGGACUUCAACAAUGGCGACGAGGAUAUCACUGGCCGACAAUCGCAGGCCAUUAUCCAUCAGCUUGCAAGGAUGAGAGCCAUUGCCAACCGCCACCCGAUCGACAAGCGAGACUACUACUGGGACAGCCUGGUGAGCCAAGAAGCAGUUAGCCAGGCGAACUGGGCGUGUGCAAACGCCCUCAGCGGCAAAGUCUCUCUCUUCCGCGGGCCGGUUACAAUUCUAGCAGAGAAGAAACAACUAUAUGACAAAAAGUUCCGAUCGGGGCGAACGUCAUCCGGGAGACUGCCGGAAUGGGGAUUCGGUCACUUCUAUCUCUGA